GUUAAAGAUUGUUUGGUGUGAUACAGUCAUGGAAAGUAUGAGUCCCACCCACCUCAUUAAAUAUUACGCUGCGUGUCUCACGCUCGAGCACAGAGGUACUGUGUACCCAGGAAGUGACGGCCUUCUGUUUAAACUGCAUGACAAUGAGCUAUCCAGGCUAUCCUCCCCAGACGGGCUAUCCUCCUCAGGCCGGUGGAUAUCCACCUCAACCAGGGGCGUACCCUCCUGCUGCAGGGGGCUACCCCCCUCAACCUGGGAUGUACCCCCCGCAGGCGGGUGGAUACCCUCCCCAACCUGGUGCUUACCCGUCACAGCCAGGUGCCUAUCCCGGCCAGCCAGGUGCCUAUCCCGGCCAGCCAGGGCAGUUUGCUCCUCCACCCUCAGGAGGUUGGGGUGCUCCUAUUGGCCUGGAUAAUUUGCCGAAUGCUGGAUUCAAUGCAUCAAAUAUCCAAGGAAUGGCAAAUCAGUUCGCUGCCAGUAGUGGAUUUAGCCCAAAUCCAUCCAUGUUCUCUCAAGUGCCUGGUGGCUAUCCUGCCCCCCAACCUGGGGGCCCACCAGCCCCCUCCCCUAACCAGCCCUAUGGCCUGUACCCUCAGCCAGGAGGAGGUAUGCCCCAAGGUCCAGGAAUGGGAUACCCUGGUGGGCCAGCCCCUGGUCAGCAGAUGCCGGGCUACCCAAACGCCCCAGCACCCAAUCCUUCCGUGCCUAGCUAUCCUAAAGCACCCUCACCCAACCCGUCCAUGCCCGGAUACGGUGGAGGUUAUGGAGGAGGUGCUCCUGCUGUUCCAGCUAUCAAUCGUGGAUUCAGAGGGACCAUCCAAGACUUCCCUGGAGCCGAUCCGCUAAAAGACGCAGAAGUCCUCAGGAAGGCCAUGAAGGGCUUCGGCACUGAUGAACAAGCCAUCAUUAAUUUGCUUGGAAGUCGCUCCACCAAACAGCGUGUACCUCUCUUGGUGUCAUACAAGACUGCCUAUGGAAAGGACUUGGUCAAGGACCUGAAGUCUGAGCUUUCAGGGAACUUUGAGAGAGUGGUGCUGGCCAUGUUGAAGACUCCAGCUCAGUUAGAUGCAAGUGAGCUCAAAGAGGCAAUCAAGGGAGCAGGGACAGAUGAAGCCUGUCUGAUUGAAAUCUUGGCCUCUCGCUCUAAUGCAGAGAUCCGAGAAAUCAAUCAACUCUUCAAAGCUGAGAAUAAGAAAACACUGGAGGAUGCCAUAAGUAGUGACACAUCUGGACACUUCCGCAGACUUCUGGUCUCUCUCGCCCAGGGUAAUCGCGAUGAGAGUGAGAAUGUGGACAUAUCAUUAGCCAAACAGGAUGCUCAGACCCUGUAUCAAGCAGGGGAAAAUAAACUCGGCACAGAUGAGUCUAAGUUCAAUGCCAUCCUGUGUGCCCGGAGCAAAGCUCACCUCAGAGCAGUGUUUAAUGAGUACCAGCACAUGUGUGGCAGAGACAUUGAGAAGAGUAUCGAUAGGGAGAUGUCUGGAGACCUGGAGAGUGGCAUGCUGGCUGUCGUGAAAUGCAUCAAGAACACACCGGCCUACUUUGCUGAGAGACUCUACAAGGCCAUGAAGGGAGCAGGAACCAAGGAUCGCACUCUGACUCGCAUCAUGGUGACCCGCUCCGAGGUGGACAUGCUGGACAUUCGUCAGGAAUACGCAAAGAUUUAUGGGAAAUCUCUAUACACAGCCAUAUCUGGAGACACCUCAGGGGAUUAUAAGAAACUACUGCUGAAGCUCUGUGGUGGAAGCGAUUAGAGGCUACAGAUGAUCAGCCAUACUCAGAGGACAUGAAGCCACGCCACAUUUUAUACCCAUCUUACGCCUUACUCUAUUUUGCACUCUAUUACAUACUUGCAUGUUUUACUGUACUCAAUACUAAGGCACUUGUGUGCAUAUAGUAUAUGCUGCACGUUACAUUUCAUGCUGUUUUCGUGCUAUAUCUUUAUUUGUAAAAGUAGUGAACCAUAUAUCUUUGUGCCUUCUAUGCUGAAAGCAGUGGCUUAGCGAAUUAUUGUUUAUAUCAGAAAGAGUGCAUGUGUUUUGGAUGCAUAUGUUUCCUCGAAGUAUGCUACGUUUGCAAGUUGAUAGCAAGAAAAUUCUGGAUUAAGUAUUGUGCACACAUCUGAAUGCCAAAAUAUUUUUUUUUACACAUUUAUGUAUUUUAAGUAAUACAUAAUAUACUGGGGAAAAUGUGCCAUAAAUGUUAGUUUUCGUCAUCAUGUUCGGCAUAGUUAUAUGAGCAUUUUAUAGUAAAGAAAUUUAUAUUUACUGCAUCAUAUGCAUAAUUAAAUCUGUUGUUGGUUUUUUUUAACUAUAAACUUUUUGUUGUUGUUGUAGCCAUUGUGAUUGCCAACCACCUCGCUAUUGAGUCAAAAAAAGAGAUAAUGAUGGUGCUGUCUUUGUGUUUCUCAUUUGCUUACUCUGUACAGAGCCAAAACACACAUGAAAUGCUAAGUAAAUCCUGCCUGAAAGAGAUUUUAA